AUGCCGUCUGCCUUAUUCGGCUCUGGCUUUCUCUUUGCGUUGAGGAUGGGCUGCGGGACGUCAAAACAGAAGCAGGAGGCGAUGGACGAGAUGGACGUCAGCAAACAUGGCGCCGAGUCCCCGUCGUACCACAUGACAACGCUCCGCCCGUACCGGACGAGCCGGCGGUCGCCGCGCCAAGCAGUUCGUAAUUUCGUGCGAUUCUGCGCCUCACGUCGCACCGGAGAGGACUGUGUCGCACGCCUCUGCUCUGUGGGUGGGAUGGGAACGGCGGUCUCGUGA